CUCAUCAGAUAUUUGAACUAAUCCAACCCGAAGUCCUUGAUUGCGUCCCUCUAAUCCAGUUUGUUGUGAAAUCAUUCCGACCAACGGUCAAAGAUUUGCGAAAGGUCCCGUUUCAGCAUAGCAUGCGAAAUUCAUACGGAAUGUCCACUUUUUGUCCAUCGGAUCACUCUGGAAGAAGCUUUGGUGGCAAGGACUCGAAAUUUGCAUAUAUAAGUGGCUGAGUGCCGUGCAAAUCAUCAUCAGUUGGGAUCCAAUCCUUCAAGCAUUUCAUGUGCUCCAAGUUUCAACCAACAUGUCAAGAAUUCACUUAAUGAUUUUGGCGUUGCUUUGCGUACUGGCCUCUGAGGGCAGAGUGAUAAAUAAUCCUGAGAUCCGCUCGCCUAACGAUAUUUCAUCGAAUUUGGAGCGGAACAUUCCGAACGAUAGUGACGAGAAUAAUUCGGAUGAGGAUGAGAACCACGGCUGUGUGGAGAAAGUUAUGCAAGUGGAACACAUCGAGUUCGAUAUGAAAGUCGAAUGCACUCACGACGUCCAAGAAUCCUGUAUGUUCGUCUACAGGACCAAUUUCAAGCCAGUCGAGCAAGAAGAGUGUAAAGAAGCCUUCCAAAAAGAUUGCCAUAUCGAAUAUGAGUCAGUGGCGAAUGAGAUCAAAAUUGAGGUCUGCCGAGAUUCUUUCACCAGAAACUGCAGUAUUCAGGGCGAAGAGAAGUGUUCAUCAGAAUAUGGAACGGUUUGCCAAACCACCUAUGAAGUCGUCGAAGUGGAAGAGAGUGUGCCAAAUUGCCAAGUGGUCAAAGAUGAGAAGUGUGAUCCUGCCGGAAAUUGCUAUCAAGUUCCAAGGAUGCAAUGUCAGCUGACGCAAGAAAAGGUCGAAAAGACAAUCCCAUCCACUGACUGCCAACAAGAAACCACAGAGGUUUGCGGACCCGAAGCUUGUCCCAUGACGAAAGGCCAAAGAUUGUGCGAGGAUCAGCUCAAAGUGACGGUGCAAAACGUUCCACGAGAAAGAUGUACUUUGAACCCCAAGAAGGUGUGCAAUCCCAAGUCAAAAGUCUUGCCACAAUUGGAGAGAGUGGAACAAUGUCUGGAUGUGCCAAAAGAGAUUUGCCAAAGUAUUCAAGUGCCCAAAACAGUCAUGAAAGAAGUGAAUACCACCUGGUGUGGUCAAGAUAACGGAACAGAAACAGAAUCGCCGUCUGCUGAACAAGACCAAGACCAAGACCAGGCUUCCAUUGAAGAUCAAGGCCAACAAGACCAGGCUUCAGUCGAAGAUCAAGGCCAAGAAGACCAGGCUUCAGUCGAAGAUCAAGGCCAACAAGACCAGGCUUCAGUCGAAGAUCAAGGCCAGCAAGACCAGGCUUCAGUCGAAGAUCAAGGCCAACAAGACCAGGCUUCAGUCGAAGAUCAAGGCCAACAAGACCAGGCUUCAGUCGAAGAUCAAGGCCAACAAGACCAGGCUUCAGUCGAAGAUCAAGGCCAACAAGACCAGGCUUCAGUCGAAGAUCAAGGCCAACAAGACCAGGCUUCAGUCGAAGAUCAAGGCCAACAAGACCAGGCUUCAGUCGAAGAUCAAGGCCAACAAGACCAGGCUUCAGUCGAAGAUCAAGGCCAACAAGACCAGGCUUCAGUCGAAGAUCAAGGCCAGCAAGAUCAGGCUUCAGUCGAAGAUCAAGGCCAACAAGACCAGGCUUCCAUCGAAGAUCAAGACCAACAAAAUCAAGCUUCAAUCGAAGAUCAAGGCCAACAAGACCAGGCUUCCAUCGAAGAUCAAGACCAACAAAAUCAAGCUUCAAUCGAAGAUCAAGGCCAACAAGACCAGGCUUCCAUCGAAGAUCAAGACCAACAAAAUCAAGCUUCAAUCGAAGAUCAAGGCCAACAAGACCAGGCUUCCAUCGAAGAUCAAGACCAACAAAAUCAAGCUUCAAUCGAAGAUCAAGGCCAACAAGACCAGGCUUCCAUCGAAGAUCAAGACCAACAAAAUCAAGCUUCAAUCGAAGAUCAAGGCCAACAAGACCAGGCUUCCAUCGAAGAUCAAGACCAACAAAAUCAAGCUUCAAUCGAAGAUCAAGGCCAACAAGACCAGGCUUCCAUUGAAGAUCAAGACCAACAAAAUCAAGCUUCAAUCGAAGAUCAAGGCCAACAAGACCAGGCUUCCAUUGAAGAUCAAGGCCAACAAGACCAAGCUUCAAUCGAAGAUCAAGGCCAGCAAGACCAAGCUUCAAUCGAAGAUCAAGGCCAGCAAGACCAAGCUUCAAUCGAAGAUCAAGGCCAACAAGACCAAGCUUCAAUCGAAGAUCAAGGUCAACAAGACCAGGCUUCAGUCGAAGAUCAAGACCAAGACCAGGUAGAUGAGGGAGAAGAAGACCGAGAGGAUGAAGUGGCCACAACCCAGGCCCCAAAACCUUGUCCUGAUGGUUGGUCUCUUCAUGAACGUUCUUGCUAUUUGAACACAAAGAAGCAAUUUGAGUGGCUCGAAGGCUUAAACCAUUGUGAGAGCAUUUCUGAGACGACUACCCUGGUUCAAAUCAAAUCAGACAGUGAAAUGGAUUUCAUUAUGGAUUACCUUGCCAAUGACACUGUCCGAACAGCAUAUUGGACCGCUGGAAAGAAACUAAAAUCUGAGGAAAUUACGGCAGAUCUAUCGUGGAACGCCCCUCUCUAUGACACCAAACCGUUCGUUUGGGUCAGCAAAGACAACCAAUACGAAACCUUCGAUUUCACUUAUUGGGGUGAGACUGAGCCCCAUGUUAAUGGGGUAUGCGUGAGUCUUUUUGGUCGACCCACCAACCGAAAAUGGGUGGCCGGUGAUUGCGACAAUCGUUAUACCGCACUCUGUGAACAACCCGCAUUGCUCUAGGAUGAAUUAGAAUCAAUUUAGCUUAUCUUACAAAUCGAAACGCUCAAUAAUCAAACCAAUUCUAGCUUGAAAUACAACUACUAAUCCAGCA